AUGGAGGACGACUCUGGUGCCGCGUUCGCUUCUCAUGCGGACUCGCCGCACUCUUUGCCUUCUACCGCCUCGUGCUGCUGCCCGUGCGCAUCAUGUGCAUCAUGCUCGAACGACGCUGCUCCCCCGCCGCCGUCGCCUCCUUUCUCGUGGACUGCUGUGCUGUACGCGGCGGCCUACGGAGGCGCCUUCGCUGUCGGCGCGCUCGCGCCUUCCGUCCUGUUUUUUUCCACAUCGUCGCCUCUCUCCAGUCUCCUUCGCUCGCCUCUGGCGGAGGCCGCGCCGGCGCUGUCUCCUCUGUCUCCUCUUGCCUCUCUCGCGGAUGCGCCCGCCACUGUCCCUCCGCUCGGCGCCGCCUCUGCGCCCACGCUCGCGCCUUUCUCGCAUUUUUUGAGGCUCCUCUCUGCGUCCUCGCUCAAGUCCGUCGCGUUGUAUCCAUCCGCCGCCUCUGAGCUCGUUCUUAUCUAUUCACCGCAGGCGCCUGCGGCUCGCUCGCGCUUCUCCCACUUCCUCUCUUUCUUCCGGAGCGAACCACCUUCAGCGGCGCCUGCCUUGUCUUCAUCUAUACCUUCUGCGGCUGCGCCGCCGCUCUUUGUGACGCGGGCGCUUCCAGGGAGCGAGGCGGAGCUGUCGCGACUGCUGAUGAACAACAGAGGCCUCGAGAGUCUGCAGGUUUUGGAGGCGAGCGCCCUGCCGAGUCUGGAUUUCGGCGCUGACGCCGCGUGCAGCAGCUGCGCCUCGGUGUGGAGCAACGUCGUCGACGAAGUCCUCGAGUCCCUCCUCGCCCUCGCGGCUCUCACCGCCGCCGCCGUCGUCCUCUAUCAAAUCGGUCGCUACUUCAAAUUGUUGCCGCCGCGCACGUUUGGCGAGAAGCUCGUUCAGGAGCCGCCGGCGUUCGCGCGCGUGACCUUCGCAGACGUUGCGGGUCACGCCGCCGCGAAGAAGCAACUCAAACAAGUCGUUCAGUUCCUGCGAGACGCGGAGGCCUUCUCCGCUCUCGGCGCGCGACCGCCACGGGGCAUUCUCCUCGAAGGCCCCUCCGGAACUGGCAAGACGAUGCUUGCGCGCGCGCUCGCUGGGGAGUCGUCGGUGCCGUUCCUCUCUGUCAGCGGCAGCUCCUUCGUGGAGGUCUACGUGGGACAGGGCGCGGCUCGCGUCCGCGAACUUUUUGAGGCGGCGAAGGCGAAGGCACCGUGUGUCGUCUUCAUUGACGAAUUCGACGCCAUUGCGCUCGACCGAAGAGAGUGCAUCGGCAGCAGUUCGCAGGAGUAUGUGCAGACGGUAAACGAGCUGCUGCAUCAGCUGGACGGCAUGGAGCGACCGACGCCAAUCAUCAUCCUAGCCGCCACGAACCGCGUCGCGGCGCUCGACGAGGCCGUCACGCGCCCGGGGCGCUUUGAUCAAGUCAUCCGAGUCGGCCUGCCUUCGCUCGCAGAACGACUCGAGGCGCUGCAGCUUCACAGCGCGUCUCUGCCGCUCGCCGCGUCGGUUGACCUGCGCGCGCUCGCGGGUGCGACUGAGUCCUUCUCUGGGGCGGAGCUCGCGGGGUUCUGCAACGAGGCUGCUCUGCGUGCUGCGCGCGAGCAGCAGCAGGAAGUGCGUCACGAAGACUUCCUCUACGUCCUGGCGGACUUCCGCAGGCGCCGCGAGGCCCGGGAGACGCGCGCCGGAGGCCGUCCGACACACCGCGGAGACUCUGAAGACGAGGCGCGAGGCGGCGACUUGCAAGGCACACGCGAGGCGCGCGCGCUGCGCAGCUUCGUGCGAAGCUGGACGGCGGCGCUGAGCGACGCCGCCGUGCAGAGCGACGGCCGCGCCGCGAGCGAAGAUGAGCCGAUGGCGCUCUAA